AGGUAAUUAACGUAAUUAAUCACAAUAAGAGUCAGCUUGCUAAAACAGACAUUUACAACAUCUCUACUGCAUGUCCACACAUUAAUGUUUGGGACAUAAUAUUACACGCGUAUUUAAUACUUAUUAUUGAUAUGGAAAAGCUACGGUUUCUGCCGGGUUACACAUCUCGCCAGUUCUUAUGGGAAUCCCAUGUAAAAGUAGGGGUGGCGAAAACUGUAACUCGGCGGUGAACACUGUAAUUUUACCAUAACACAUUCGUGCGUUUGUAAAUUUCAUUCACUUGUAUUCACACUCAAGAAACUAUAAAAUAUAUUUCUCAUUUUUGUUUCAGCUGGGGCCGGUUAGCCAUAUAGCCAGCAAAGACAAAUAUGGCGAAGAAGAGAGUUUUUGAUUUCAAUUGUGAUUCCUUUUUGCCCAAGAUCUCAAAGGGACACAAGAUAGGGAGCAAUGUCUCCAUGAUAUCUACCAGCAGUCGUUUAUCGCUGGCAGCAAACCGUCAAAUCUUUGCCAGGAGACCUAACGAACUUCCAACACAAUCAGUUGAUCCAGCGCUUCCUCGCCCAGAAACAGAUAGCAACAUCACUGCAGCCAAGAAGAGUUCCAACGACACAGCAGAGCCGUCAACUUCAAAAAUGAGUCACGACUACACAAAACCAGGGCCGUCCACGUUGCCAGAGAAACAUCCUCUCAAAAGAGUUUCUCCCAGUCCUCCGCCAAAUAAGCACAAAUCACCAAUCAGACAUUCAAAGGCUCUAAUUGAUCCUCCAAUUGAGCCAGCGCUUCCUCGCUCUGAAACAAAUUGCAACAACACUGCAGCCAAGACUGCCAAGAGUUCUGAAUGCACAGCAAAUCCAUCAUCAUCAAAGUUGAGCCUCAAGUCGCCAAAACCAGGGCCGUCAACCAAGUCAGCAAAAAGUCCACUUAAGAGAGCUUGUCCUGGUCCUUCGCAAAAUCGGCACAAAUCCCCAAGACAUUCAGAAGAAAAACGAUUGAAAAGGCUACCUCACCCAAUACAUGAGCUAUUAGACGAGGAAUUUGAAGAGGAUGAAGCUCCUCUUCCCAAAGUACAAAAAACUCCAUCAAAAUCCCCUCGAAAGCGUGUGGCCAAAGGAACGCCUUCUAAAGCAGGUCCUAGUCCUGCAAAGUCGUACAGGAAAUCCCCUCGAAAACCUCUUGAUGCUCUGGGAUUUUGCAAGAUUUGCCAGCUUCCCUUGGUGUGCAUCAAAAUUCCGGAAUACCAACAUACAAGAGAGUGUGAAGUGCCUGAUGACAGCCCAGAAUGCCCUGAUGGCGUUGAAUGCAAAUCAUGCGACAGAACGCACUACACCCAGUUCAAGCACACAGAGCUUGCUUUGCUUAGGGCAAAUGACUCAGAUGUAAAAGUGAUUAAUGAAGAAGAACCUCCCGAGGAAAUGACUGUUGAGCCAGACUUGCCGGGUUUUAGCAAAAAACGCUCAAAAAGGUCCAACAAAGUGGGCGAUAAUCCGUUUCUUAGUGAUUCUGAGGAUGGUGAUAACGACGCGCAUGAAGAGGAGGAGGAGGAGCAUGGAGCUGAAGUAGGGUCUAACAACCAAGAUGUUGAACAAGAAGAAAAGAAAGAUUCCCCUGUACAACCUUGUGUUGGAGGUGUAUGUGAUGAAAAUAAGGUCUCAGUUUCUUUCACCGCUAAUGGGGAAACCAUCAAGUUCUGUGCAAACGAUGAUGGUUGGGAGGAUAACGACUGCAAUGAAUGCUCUGGUCUAGUGAGUUCCACUUGCAGAUGUGGAAGAAAUUUGGUCGUGCAGACCAAAUCCAAAGAGGCUUUUUACAAGAAGCAGAUGGAAGCUAAAAAGAAAUGGGCGAGCAACCCGAUCAUGAAUAAGCAACGCAGCAAAGACUCGUCAGCAGCUUCUCUGUCUUCCGUCCCAUCUGUGGCUGACACCAAAAGCCGUGGUUGCCCUUCAUACAAGCUCAUCAGAGACACCAGUUUUGCCGUCGACGCCUUCAGUCACGGCAAAAUCCCCAACGUCAAAUUCCACUUCCUGAGUCACUUCCAUUAUGACCACUACAUCGGAUUGAACAAACACUUCAGCGGCAUCAUUUACUGCAGUCAGAUCACAGCAAACUUGGUGAAGCAUCACUUCAAGUUUGGUGAUAGACAGCUGAGAGUGUUGCCUAUGGAUGAAACCAUUGUUGUAGAUGGAGUUAAAGUUACUGCGCUUGAUGCAAACCAUUGUCCUGGCGCGGUGAUGUUGCUCUUUCAACUGCUUGACGGAACAAAUGUUGUUCACACUGGUGACUUUCGAUUUUCACCCUCAAUGGAGUCGUACUCCGCCUUUUGGAACAUACAGAUUGACGUUUUACACCUGGACACUACCUACUGCAACGAAAAAUAUGAUUUUGAGUCACAAGAGGAAAUUCUUCAGUUGGUAGGAAAUUUAGCUGAGGAAAGAUUUCAACUAGCCAACAAGAAGUGCCUUUUUGUCUGUGGCUCCUACACGAUUGGGAAGGAAAAGGUUUUCUUGGAAAUCGCUCGAAAACUUAACUCCAAGAUUUACGCAGCUGAACCUGGCAAGAAGAAAAUUUUAAAAAUGCUAGAUGACCCUCAUAUUUCGGAAUAUAUGGUUGAAAAAUCUGAAGAAGCCAACAUCCAUGUAUUGCCGAACGGAAAGCUGCAUUACUCACACUUGUCUAAUUAUUUGAACACUGUAAAUAAGAAGGGUCGCAGAUUUACAUCCAUCGUUGCUUUCAACCCAACAGGAUGGCAGCAUAGUUCAAAGCGAAUUGAAUUGUACCGAGAGCAGACUUCUGGAAAUAUUACUAUCUUUGGUGUACCAUACAGUGAGCAUUCUUCUUUUUCUGAGCUGAAGAGAUUUGUCAAAUUCCUGAAACCACGCAGAGUCAUUCCUACAGUCAGAUCCAAAGGCUGUUCCUGGCAGGACAUUAGCAUGAAAUGCAACAACUGGCUCUCUGAAGGAAAACUUUGAAAUACUCUUUGGAAGUCAUAUUUAGACUAAGGAAAUUCCCUGAAAUAUAGUAUUGCGCUUCCUAAGUACAAUUUAGCCUGUAGACGAAAAAUUCUAACACAUUUUUGUAUGGCACUUAUUUUUCUAUGUAUUAAGAAUAUAUAUUUCCCAACAAAUAAAUAUUAACCUGUUUCUAUUGAGAUUUUGCAGCGAUAAAAAAUAUUUUAUUUAU